AUGGCGCCGCACUCUUACUCCGCUCUUCCCGGGUACUUUUGCCAGUCGGAAAUAUACAGCAGCCCUGAUUUUUUCGAUUGGAAGGACCCCAGGGCCCACUUUGGCCUCAAGCGAUCGUGGUCCAGACUCCGAGAGGAGGUGCAGGAGCUCCAAAAGACGCACGGAGCAGAAAACGUCAAGGUUUUAUUCCUCGCCCGCCACGGACAAGGCGUGCACAAUCUCGUCAUGGCUCAGUACGGCCGGGAAUGGUGGGAAAAAGAGGGCAUGAAUGCCCAGUAUUCAAACGGGGAAUACACCUGGGGCCCAGACCCAGAACUGACCGAAUUGGGUAUUGAACAGGCCCGCGACGCCCAUAAGGCGUGGAAGCAACAGCUGGAGAGCUUCGACCCGGUUCCGAUGCCCCAGGCGUUCUACGUGUCACCCUUUUCUCGUGCCUGCGAUACCCUCGCCAUAACAUGGGGCUUUGAAACAAAACAUAUCCAGCCCCGGGAUGAGGAGAGAUUGCACGUGAUCUACAGAGUGGCGCAGGGCGUGGAAUCACGUGUGCCGACGUCUGUUGAUACCGGAGCUGGGUCUUCCGAUGUCGUGAUUCAUCCGCUCCUGCGAGAAACAAUUGGAUUCAACACGUGCGACAAACUGCGACCUAUAGAGUACACCUUGGAUCGGUACCCGAACUACGCCCUCACUAAACACCACCCGGCUCCACCGUCUGGUGAAGACAGUGUUUGGACUGAGGAGCAUCGAGAAACGAAUGAGGAGAUGCAGGAGCGGCUGACGGGGUUUUUGGAGAACCUGUUUGAUACUGAUCCCGCGACCUACGUGUCGAUUACUUGUCAUGCUGGGGUCAUUAGGAACAUGUUGGCGGUGUUGGGUCAUCGAAAGUGGUUCUUGCAGACUGGCGGGAUGGUUCCAGUGGUGGUACUUCGGGAGGAGAUGUGA